AUGGCAAGUGACAUGAGCAACGAUCCUCUGCCGACGCUCCAAGAUGACGCAUCGGCGCCGGACGCCGUGAGCAGCACGUCCGGCAAGCGCGCGCUUCGCCGCCAAAAGCGGCAAGAGAUCUGGGUCUCUGUUAAGGAGCGCAAAAAGCAGAAGAAGGAAGAGGCGCGGGCCGCGCGGCCAAAGGCUCCAGAGCCGGUCCUCGACAUGAGCGAGGCCGCCGUGCUAAUGCGGAAGGAGCGCGCAAUUGCGAAGCGUGAGUCUUUCCUCAUGGCUGCGUCCGAAGGCCCCACGAUCGUCAUUGACUGCGGCUUUGAAGAGGCCAUGAGCUCCAAGGAAAAGAAGUCGCUGACCCAGCAGAUCAUGUUCUCCUAUGGCAUCAACAAGCGCAGCGAGACGCCAGCAAA